UUACGGACAAAAGGCAAAACCAAAGGGGACUUUCUGUUACUUAAGGAAGGCUGAUUCCAUGGGGAAAAAAAGGUAAAUAAAAAUCCCAAAAAAGUAAAAUAAAAUAAAAAAAGAUUUCAGUUACAUACAUAAAAGGCACAACCGAAGGAAGGAGAAUCAUAAAAAUAAAAUAAAAGAAGACAGAGACGCCUGCUUGAUCGCCGGCGUUCUGUGUCACCCCCCUCCAAGUCUUCCACCGUUUGUUCUCGAUCAGGAGAAUGCAAAACUAAUCUUUACACAAUCCAAAGUUGAGGAAUUGGAGGGAUUCAAUGGAGUCCAACAACCAGCAGCAGCAGCAGCAUCAAGAACUUGUAGAGUCUAAACCGGAUCCUCUCUCCAUUUCUCAAUUGAACAUAUCUUCUUCUUCGCCAUUGCCUCAGGUCAACAUGGCGGAGGAACUUUUAAAGAGUCAUAGACAUUCUCUAUCUCCUAAUGACGGCCUCCCCUCUAAAGAAACUUGGGGAGAGUCUCUGGAUGUUGUAGAUGUUGACUUUACAGACCCAAACUAUGACACCAUCGAGGGCAAUGGACAUUCAGAUCCAACAAGCUUCGAUGCAGAUUUAUGCGAGUACAAGAAAAAAGCCACGAUCAUCGUAGAGGAAUACUUCAGCACCAACGAUGUUGUAUCAGUUGCUAACGAGCUCAAAGAGCUUGGAAUGGCCGAGUACCGUUACUACUUCGUCAAGAAGCUAGUCUCCAUGGCCAUGGACAGGCACGACAAGGAGAAAGAAAUGGCUGCGUUUCUCUUGUCCACCCUCUACGCCGAUGUCAUCGACCCUCCAGAGGUUUACAGAGGCUUCAACAAGCUGGUGACCUCUGCAGACGAUCUAUCAGUAGACAUACCGGACGCUGUCGAUGUUCUUGCUGUCUUUGUGGCUCGUGCCAUCGUUGACGACAUCCUCCCUCCUGCGUUUCUGAAGAAGCAGAUGAACUUGCUCCCUGACGACUCCAAAGGUGUGGAGGUUUUGAGAAAGGCUGAGAAGAGCUAUCUAGCGGCUCCCCUCCACGCGGAAGUCGUUGAGAAGAGAUGGGGAGGGGCUGAUAACUGGACGGCUGAGGAUGUUAAAGGGAGGAUCAACGAGCUGUUGAAAGAGUAUGUGAUGAGCGGAGACAAGAAGGAAGCUUUUAGAUGCAUCAAAGGGUUGAAAGUCCCUUUCUUCCAUCACGAGAUUGUUAAAAGAGCGCUGAUCAUGGCCAUGGAGAGGCGCAAGGCGCAAGAGAAGCUGUUAGAGUUGCUGAAAGAAGCGACUGAGGUUGGUUUGAUAAACUCCACUCAGGUGACUAAAGGGUUUAGCAGAAUCAUAGACUUGAUUGAAGAUUUGUCUCUUGACAUACCUGAGGCGCGUAGUGUGUUGCAGUGUUUUAUCUCAAAGGCUGCUUCUGAAGGAUGGUUGUGUGCUUCUUCUCUGAAAACGCUUUCUACUGAUUCAGGUGAGAAGCUACUUGAAAAUUCCAAGGCUAAUGUGUUUAAAGACAAGGUUAAGUCGAUUGUCCGAGAGUAUUUCCUGUCGGGUGACGCUUUAGAGGUUGUGCAUUGUCUUGAAACCGAGCUGGGUGCGUGUUCGAGUAGUCAGCUGCGUGCGAUCUUUGUAAAGUAUCUGAUAACUCUAGCGAUGGAUAGAAAGAAACGAGAGAAAGAGAUGGCUUGUGUUCUUCUCUCGUCUCUUGACUUCCCUGCCAAAGACGUCAGAAAAGCAUUCUCCAUGCUGAUUGAGUCUGCAGACGACACUGCUUUGGACAACCCUGUGGUGGUUGAAGACCUCGCCAUGUUCUUGGCCAGAGCUGUGGUUGACGAGGUGUUAGCUCCAAGGGACUUGGACGAGCUGUUGAGCCAGCCAGGGUCAAGCGUGGGGGAGAAAGUGAUUCAGACGGCGAAGACAUUGCUGAAAGCGCGUCUCUCCGGCGAAAGGAUCUUACGUUGCUGGGGAGGAGGAGGGGUUGAAACAAACUCUCCGGGGUGCACUGCGAGCGAAGUGAAGGAGAAGAUUCAGGUGCUUCUUGAAGAGUACGUAUCUGGUGGAGACCUGGGGGAGGCUUGCAGGUGCGUGAAGGAGCUUGGGAUGCCGUUUUUCCACCACGAGGUUGUGAAGAAGUCGGUGGUGAGGAUCAUAGAGGAGCAGGAGAAGAAGGAGAGGGUGUGGAAGCUGCUUAAAGUGUGUUUUGAGUCGGGGCUGGUGACGAUUUAUCAGAUGACAAAAGGGUUUAAGAGAGUGGGCGAGUCGGUUGAGGAUCUGUGUUUGGAUGUCCCUGAUGCUGCGGAGAAGUUUAAAAGUUGCGUGGAGAGAGCCAAGGUUGAAGGGUUCUUGGAUGAAUCUUUUGCUGUUGAGGAGGAAACACAAGGUGUGAAGGAGAAGAGCUCGUCUUCGUCUGCUGCAACAUGAAGCCUCUUGACUAGAGAGACGUUGGUUAAAGUUACCUUUUUGUUUUGUUUUAUUUAUAAACAUAUAUACUACUAAAAGUUUUGGUACUUUGAUGAUGAUGAUCUUACAGAAAGCUUCUCAUCUUAGUGACGUUUUGUUAUAACUUAUUUACUUAUUUUGUUCCUCUUUUAACUUUAAAGUUGACCUGUGUUUUUUUUUUGUUA